GUAAAUUUUGGUACCCCUUAACCCAAGCCCAAAUUAAUGGGCUAGCUGGCUGAAACAACUGUACUUCAAAUUCGAAGGGCUUUGUGCCGUAAAUUCCUCACCGAACCCACAGUCCUCUGCUCAUCCCAUCAUCUUCGGCAGCAGCUGUCUAAUCCUUCUUGCGUUCUCAGGUUGAACUAGGCUAAAAGUUUGAGGGGUUCAAGCUGAGUGGAAGAGAAGAAGUCUAGCGUCAUUAUGAUGACCAUAUUAACGUCCAGUUCAAUAUUCCUUCUAAAGGAAAUCAUAUUUGAGAUGUUGAGCUAUUUGCCAGUCAAGUCAUUGCUAAGAUUUAAAUGUGUAUGCAAGCAUUGGAAUGCUACAACUCAAGAUUUUCAGUUUAUUUGCCUUCAUUUUAAGCGUUGCCCUGUGCUAAUUAACAAAAAGCCGCUAGAGAUAGAGAGUUAUGCAACCGGAUUCAUAAUCUUAUCUACAAUCGGUUUAAUAUUGGAGUACCUUAUUUGCUGGGUCGCCUCUUCUCCUAAUUUUAUUUACCGCAUAAGAAAUCCUGAAAUGCAUCAAAUUCUUGAAAUUCCGGAUUCACAAAAUCCUAUCUUGAACAUGCACAUGGUGGUGGACACAGAUAACCAACUCUUGAAGUUACUCUCUGUAAUUCAUGUAAUUGGAGACCCAGGAUUGCCGCUCGGUUAUGAGGUUCUUGAUCUUCGGAAUGAAGAAGGUACCUAUUCGUGGCAAACCCUUGACUUGCCGAAGGAGAGCCGAGGAGAAACUACAAUAUUGCAGAACCGAAUUUGUAGGCAUAGCACCCUGUUUAAAAUUGUCGAUGCAAUAGGAACUGCUUACAGCAUGUGGGAUACAACUAAUUCCCAUAUAGGAAUUGAUAUUGUGGAUAUGGUGAAUGACAGCUACAUUGGUCAUACUACUUUUCCUAACGGUUUCUACUCAAAGGAUGAUUGCAUACUUUGGAAGCGAAAGCUGUCAUUCGCUAAAGUUGUAAAAGAUGAAGUUCAUGUCAUGGUGUUAGAAGAUUAUAACAAGCAGCAGAUCAAAUGGGCUGAAGCAAAACUAAUCAUUAAGCUACCUUUCUUGAAAGAGGUUGUGCAAGAACAGAUAAAAGUUUUAGUAGGUAGGAGAUCUAAGUUGUGCUUUUCUCGGUGGAACUGGGACAAAAAAUCUAUCUGCACUUAUGACUUUAAGACGGGGAAGGUAACAACUAUAGUGUCCAGCUGCAACAACUCUGACCUUUUUGAGUUCAUCACGCCUUGCCUUUUUGCUUGCAAAGGAAUGCAUGCAGAUCGUCUUGUCAGUAAUUAGUUGUAAUAUGCUUCCAGCUUGCUGUUGGGAUGAGCAUUUGUUUCAACACUAUUUCGAUACACUUGCCUCAUAAUUAUUUCUUACUUUGAGCUAAUUAAGCUUUUUAAUGUUAUGCUGAUUUUUGAUAAAUUAGAUUCCUUUUAAGUUUUAUGAGAGAUUGUCAUACUUUAUAGAUUA